AUGGGUGACGCCAGUGGACUAUCGUCUCGUGAAGAGCUGUACAAGGCUGCGCGAGAGCAUCUGCGCGAAGAGGGGUGGGCGGUCAUCCCUGAUAUUCUGAGCAAAGAAGAGACGGCGAAUGCCCUCGACAGACUAUGGAAAGCCAAAGAGGCGGGCGAAAAUCGGGGUGAUGCGACAUACAUUCCUCGCCUGGACCCCAACGAGGCCAACGUUCGAGUCUUCUAUCUUCUUGAACUGGACCAGAUCUUCCGAGACCUCAUCGUCCACCCAGUGGCACUCGAUAUGGUCAAAUCUGUCCUGGGGGAUAACUUCUUGAUCUCAAAUUUUACGGCGAAUAUUGCUCGACCCGGCAGUCAAUCUAUGGCACUUCACAGCGAUCAGAGCAUCGUGGUGCCCGAGCCGUGGAAGGAGGUUUGGGCAUUGAACGUCAUUUGGUGCCUGACCGACGUGUACGGCGACAACGGUGCGACCUUGUAUAUCCCCGGAUCGAACAAAUACGAGUCGAGGCAAGACAUUCCCUCAGAUGCCGACAAGUUGCUCCGACCAUUCGAAGCGAAAGCAGGUAGUAUUAUCUUGAUGGACGGCCGUGUCUGGCACACAUCCGGUGCCAACAUCACGAAAGAUAAAGACCGGGCUUUGAUGUUUGGAUAUUACACCAAACCCUUCCUCCGACAGCAAGUCAACUGGACGGCGAAGUUGCCUCGUGAACUACAAGAGACUCUAAGUGACGAAAUGAAGGAAUGGUUGGGCUUGGGUUAUAACGCCAACAUUGCAAGGACGGGAAAUACCUCGUACAAUUAUCUCAGUAGGCAGUUCCCAAAGGCAGAAGCUCAGGCUUGA